AGCAGGUAGUGCCACGUGGGACACUACCUGGCAAACAGGCAUCGCAUCCCGAGACCCAAAACCAAGCGAACCAAAAACCAAAAGCCACUACGCCUAUGGCGGUCCUUCAUCUCCUCCCUUUUCAUCAUCAUCUUCUUCUUCUUCUUCGUCUCCACCUUAUUAUUAUUAUUUUUCACAGAUAAAAAACCACUCUCUUCACUCCCACGCAUCUCCCGCUCUCUCUCUCUCUUCUGCUGUGCUAGAUCGCAACAGCAGCCGAACUGGGCUGGGCCUUAUAUCCAAGAUUCCCUUAUACCAUCUUUUGGUAUUGCCUAGUUUCUCCUACUUUUCAGAUAUGAUUAGUUUGUUAUAAAUGGAAGAUUUGUUCAUUUGGGUUAUUCAAGUUGGAGACCAUGCUUAUGAUUGCCGGCUCAAAUUUCCGAAAUUUGAAAAUCUUGAAUGAUAUUCACUCAUGUGUAAUAAAGGAAUUGCAUGCUUGAGUGAGUCGGAUAACCCAAUUGAUCAGCAGCAGCAACAGGCUGUCUACUUGAUGGAGAGCCCUUCCACUACCCCUCACUUUGGCUCUAAUUCCAGCCCUGUUUUGAAUGAGGACAAUCCCCCUCGUGUUAAAUUUCUGUGUAGUUUCUCCGGUAGCAUAUUGCCUCGGCCGCAGGAUGGGAGGCUCCGAUAUGUCGGUGGGGAGACACGGAUUGUUAGUGUUCCGCGAGACAUUAGGUAUGAGGAGUUGAUGAGCAAGAUGAGGGAGCUUUAUGAAGGGGCGGCGGUGCUUAAGUACCAGCAACCGGAUGAGGACCUUGACGCCCUUGUCUCGGUUGUGAAUGACGAUGAUGUGACCAACAUGAUGGAAGAGUAUGAUAAGUUGGGGUCGGGUGAUGGUUUCACCAGGCUCAGGAUUUUUUUGUUUUCGUAUCCCGACCAAGAUGGUGGUUCCUCACACUAUGACGGGGAUGAAAGGGAUCAUGAGAGGAGGUAUGUUGAUGCUCUCAAUAACUUAAAUGAUGGUUCCGAAUUUAGGAAGCAGCAUUUAGAGUCCCCUGUUAUCACUUCAGUUGAUGAUCUCCAUGGAGUUGAACAGUUCUUUAGUCCAAUGAGUCUCGAGGGUGGCCUCCAUAGCCAGAGAAACGAGAUAUCCAUGUCUCAUUAUAACCUGCAUCGCCUCAAAAUACCUCAUAUAGGUUCAGGGCAACACCAUCAGCCCAUUAGCCAAAGGUAUAACGACAUGGAAGCUCCGUGGAGUCCUGCAUACUAUUCUCCUAGGCAUCAUGGGCACCUUGAUCCAAGACCAAUGGCAGAGUUUCCAACUUCUCCUACCUCUGCACGGUACCGUAUGCCAUUUGCAGAUGUACCUGAUAAAUGUUCAGAUAGAAUGCCUGAAGAAUAUGCACGGCCGCCAUUGAAUCAUCAGCCUGGAUAUGAACACCAACCACAGUAUUCUGAUAAUGCUGUAUGGCUUCCAAGUGGAGCUAUAUCUGGUGAGAAGUCAGGCUUUCCAGGUAACAUUUUUCAUGGAAACAAUGUUCUCGAAGGAAACAGUGUCUCUGAACACUGUCGGGUAUGUUUCCAAAGAAACCAACCACAAUUCGAGCAACCCAACAUGGUCAAUGGAUUUCAUCAGGUUGCUAAUACAUGUGCUGAUUGCCGUCCAAAGUUGCACCAUGGUUACACAACUGAGCAGAAUAACGAUUCUUCACCUCUAUAUAAUGAGAAUCAAAAUCAAUGGGUUCCACACCGUUUGAAUAGCCGGGCUGAGGAAGCAAGAUCACAUGUCUCUGGAACUGGAAAAUUGAACGAUCACUACAUUGUAGAUGGUCCUGGCAUGAAUUUGCCUCUUGUUCAUAAUAAUAUGGUGGAUGUCCAUCACGUCUCUACCAAUUUUGUGCAUCAACGAGCUGGGUCUGAGAUGGGAAAUGACGUGUUUCAUGACCGACCUGUGGCUGGCCCACCCCACGUACACAUUCCUCCUGUAGAAGACCGUGGCGUUCCAUAUGGAAAUCUUCCUUAUGCUUACGGAGGAGAUAAUGUUUACCCAGUGUCUCAUGGACAUGCACCGGGACAUGGAGUAUGGAGAAAUGUUCAUAGCACAUUGCAUCCUGUGCCCCCUUACGAUGCAUCCAAUUCAGCUCCCCAAAUUAAUGGUUCUGUCAAUCCAGGAUAUCUCAGACACGAGGGUAGUCCAAGAUUUUGCAUUGCAGCAGACAAUCAGAAUCUUUGGGUUGAAUCAUCGCAGAAGGUGUUAGGUUUUGACGGAAGAUCUGUUUCAGACUAUUCUUAUGGCCAAGCUUUGAACUUGAACCCUAACACACUUCCUCAUGAAAAUCAUCGUCAAUUUCCUCCAGAACUCAUUCAACCCACACCUGAUAUAGUAAGUUCUGCUACCCCUUUGGACGGCGUCACUAGAGUUAUGUUGGAUACAGAGAGUUUACCUAGAGAAGGAAGGGAGGUGAUGGAUGGAGAGAAGGUUGAGAACUCUGAUAUGCAGGUUAUAAAUAAAAAAGAAUUGGGUGAUAUAAGUGAAGUGGUGCCUCUCGAGUUAGUAAAUUCAAAUUGUCCCAAACUCGCAGAAGAAAGUGGUGACAAGGAUCAUUCUACUCCUGAAAUUUCAAAGCUUUCAGCUAACAAUUUGAGUUUUGUGCCUGAGUUGAUUGCUUCGGUAAAAAAGGUGGCCAUAUAUGGGGUAGAGGAGGUAAAAGCAAAAGUUGAGGAAAGUACUGAUUCUCAGAAGAGUAAUCCGAUUGCCAAUGAAGCUGCAACAAACAGUUUGGAACCAGUGAACACUCCUGGAGAUGGCGAAGUGGAUUCUGAUAGUGAGAAUCUGAAUAAUUCCAAAAUUGAGCCAACAAAGGCCGAGGCAGAAGCUAUUUCCAAGGGAUUGCAGACAAUAAAGAAUGAUGAUCUUGAGGAGAUCCGAGAAUUAGGUUCUGGAACAUAUGGGGCUGUUUUUCAUGGAAAGUGGAAGGGUUCAGAUGUAGCAAUAAAGAGAAUAAAAGCCAGCUGUUUUGCUGGCCGACCUUCUGAAAGAGAGCGUUUGAUUGCUGAUUUCUGGAAGGAGGCUUUGAUACUUAGUUCAUUGCAUCAUCCAAAUGUUGUUUCUUUCUAUGGUAUUGUGCGUGAUGGUCCUGAUGGCUCUUUAGCAACUGUUACUGAAUUCAUGGUUAAUGGAUCUCUGAAACAGUUUUUGCAGAAAAAAGACAGAACAAUUGAUCGUCGUAAACGAUUGAUUAUAGCUAUGGAUGCUGCAUUCGGGAUGGAGUAUCUGCAUGGAAAAAAUAUAGUACAUUUUGAUUUGAAGUGUGAAAAUCUGUUGGUAAAUAUGAGAGAUCCACAGCGUCCUGUAUGCAAGAUUGGUGAUUUGGGAUUGUCAAAAGUGAAACAACAGACAUUAGUGUCUGGAGGUGUUCGUGGAACUUUGCCCUGGAUGGCACCUGAGCUUCUUAGUGGGAAAAGUCAUAUGGUGACAGAGAAGAUUGAUGUUUACUCAUUUGGGAUUGUUAUGUGGGAACUGCUUACUGGCGAUGAACCCUAUACAGAUAUGCAUUGUGCUUCUAUAAUUGGAGGAAUUGUGAACAACACUUUACGUCCUCAAAUUCCAACAUGGUGUGAUCCUGAAUGGAAGUCUUUGAUGGAAAGUUGUUGGGGCUCUGAGCCUGCUCAGAGGCCAUCAUUUUCUGAGAUCUCUCAGAAGCUGAGGAAUAUGGCUGCUGCAAUGAAUGUGAAAUAGCUCCAGUCUUGAUGCAGUUGAUUUACUUAUUCCAUUACGGUAGCAUCCGAGACUUAGCAAAAGAGGACAAUAAUUUAUGCACGGUAUUUACUGUUUAAGGCCACCUGGUUUCCAAGUAUAUGAAGGCCAAUAGUGUAAUAUUAUGCCCUGAUUCAUCUCUAAGGUUACCUACCUUUUGUAGUAUUGCUGUAAAAUGGUAAUUAUCUUUAUGAAUGCCAAAUAUGUGGCUCUUACCUGGAAUGCUUCAUGAUACCCAAUGGGAGCUAUGAAGGCACGACCGCAAUGUUUUGCUUAUUUUGGUUGGGGACUAUGGUACUCUGAUAUCGAAGCCCAGCUUUCCUUUUGAAGACGUGUAUAUAAAUUAAUCGUGAGUACCAUGGUGAAAGCUAUGUCAUGAGAUAUAGCUUUAUGCUUCCAAAUAAGACUACUGCACCAAUUUUUGUUGUUUUCCAUUUUCAGCAUAUGCUUUUUUAUGUCAGAUGUUACAGCCAGGGACAUCACUGGCCUAUGCUCUGGUCGAAUGUAAAAAGUGAUUGAUUAUCUAUAAGAACAUCUUCGUCAUUAAUUUUGGCUAUGUAAAGCACAGUAGCCUAAUAAACCUCAUAAUUGACCUGGUGUUAUUGUUUAUAUCUUAUAUGACAUCAGGAUUUGCUUCA